AUGGCGAGGGCCCCGACCAUGGUCGUCCAGGACGACUACAUCGACAUGGACCUCUCCCCCUCCUCGCCCCAGUGCGCGCUCCUCGAGUUCGAGUUUCAGAGCGCUGGUGGAGGUGGAGGUGGCGGUGUGUCCAGGCGCAGGGAGGAGGCGGCCUACGCGUCGCCGGCGGACGAGUUGUUCUACAGGGGCAAGCUCCUGCCGCUGCACCUGCCCCCGCGGCUGCAGCUCGUGCAGAAGCUGCUGCAGGAGCAGCAGGUGAAUGUGCCGGAGAUCAAGCCGGCGGUGGCGGGGCCGGCGGCGCCUAGUGUGAGCGCAAGCGCGGAUGUGGAGGACGGCGGCGACGGCAAGGUGGGCGCCAAGAGGUACUCUUGGUCCAAGAGGCUGAAGCUGAUGAAGCGGUGGACGUCCAGGGAGUACAUCAAGUCCCUCUUCCUCGCCAAGGCAGGCGACCUCGGCAUCGUCAACGGCGGCGGCGGCGGGAGGGAGAGGGCGAGCCUGCUGGACCAAGACGAGCUCUGCAGCCACCGCAGGUCCUUCUCCGGCAUCAUCCGGCGGGUGCGCCUGGUGGUGGCGACGAAGGCGGCGGCGUCGGCGUCGGCUCCGCCGGGGACCUCGCCGCUCUGCUCCUCGUCCUCCGCCUCGUCCUCCUCCUCGUCGACGCCGUCCUGCGGCGACGCGGAGCGGUUCUUCCUCCGGCCGAGGGCGGCGGCGAUGCCGGUGCUGAAGCGGAGCAGCAGCGCCGGGUCGGAGGAGGGGGCCAUCCAGGGCGCCAUUGCCCACUGCAAGAGGUCGCACCAGCAGCUGCUGCAGCAGGGUAGGAAGAGCGCCAGCGGCGUGGUGUUCUACUCCGUGUCCAACACCCCCAGGAUCUCCACCUCCGUCGCCGUCGCCGCCGCCAACGAGUCCUCGCAAGAGAGGCAGGAGAUGUGCAGGGGAUGA